UUCAUGAUAAUGGCAUUUUUCCUCCCCAGGAUGGAAAGUAAGAACCUCUUCCUAAGCCUAUUGCUCUGCUACAGUUGGCUCAGAGCUGCCGAUUCUCAUAUGGUAAUUGAAGAGAAGAAAGAAUGCAAUCUCUCAAGGAGCAGCAAAAUGAAUCUCUCAGAUCUCCCACCCAUCUCCAUAGUAGAUUUAACUAAAAGAUUCAGGAAAGAGGCAGAGAACAAGAAAUCAUCCAAGAAAAAUGCUGAACGGAAGAUAUCCCCGAAGCCAAGGCCCACACCAGCUGCUGACUGUGUGCCAAACUUCAAAACCUGCAAACCACACUUGAAUUCAUGUUGUAGCUACUGUGCUUUAUGCAAAUGCCGAAUUUUUCAGACCAUCUGCCACUGUCUAACGUUAAACCCAAAGUGCUAAGCCAAACUGGGAAC